AUGUCAAAGAAACAGGAAACCACCAUUUUGGUGAGCGACGAGGAGGGGAUAAGCAGUAGAGCAACAAUGCGGAUUCCGGCGUUUUGGCCAGAAGAUCCAGAAAUAUGGUUCGCACAGGUAGAAAGCCAGUUCGCCCUUUGUGGAGUAAAGGAGGAUGAAGCAAAAUACGCAUAUGUAUUAUCGAAAUUGGAGCCGAAACAAGCCAGAGAGGUGAAAGAUGUAAUUACACAACCGCCGACUGGAAGCAAAUAUCCGACGGUGAAGAAAGCAUUAAUUCAGCGUUUGACAGACUCACAGGAGAAUCGCAUCCGGCAACUUCUGGAACAAGAAGAGCUGGGAGAUAGAAGACCGUCACAGUUCCUACGUCAUUUAAAAACCUUGGCAGGGACAACGGUAUCAGACAAGUUAUUGCGAACAUUAUGGCUGGGCCGCUUACCACCGCAAGUCCAAGCAAUUCUAGCGACAAGGGCAGAAGAUGACAUAGACAGCGUGGCCGAACAGGCGGACCGCAUUCACGAAAUAAAUAGCAGAGCACUGGUCGUAGCAACAACUCCGCAAGUAGCAGCAGCACAAGCUUCAACAUCAACCCCAUCAGAGCAAAUCGAGGCAUUAACAAAACAGGUAGCCGAGUUAACCAAGCAGAUGGCAAAAUGGAUGAAGCAAAGCAGGUCUCGACCAAGGAGCCGGUCGAGAAGCAAGCCAAGACGAGGAGCAAUCAAGGAGGAAGAAGACAUCUGCUAUUACCAUCGCAGGUUCGGAGCAGAGGCUCGCAGAUGCGCGCAGCCCUGCGCUUACAAAGAAAAAAACCAAGAGGGCAGUCAUUAA